UUUAAAUUUGAAUAUCAGCAAAGUAAUUUUCCAAAAUCAAAUAAAAUUCCAAGUCUGUUCUACCCAAGUUCAGGAUGGAUAGCCGCAAAUUCAUUUACUACUUCUCUAUGAUUGUGUUCUCAUGCUUCUACUGCACCGGCAGCUCAUGGUUGUUGGCUGAAGACUUCACUUGGUCUCACUACAUAUUCUUGCUGUCAUGUUUGAUUAUGUUGGAGAAAUACGACUUGGUCCCUAGUGCACUGGGAUGCCCACCCUUCUACAUGGCUUAUAAGGUUGUUGCAGCUAUUGUGCUGGCCAAUGCAGCCUUGUUUACAAUAUGGUAUCAGGUAGAAGACUUACUGUUCUGGGUUAUAAGUGAAGUUGCAUCCUUGAUUAAGCAUGUUCCUGGUUUCGCAAAGAUGGAAGUUGAAAAAGAUGACUUAAUAGUGAGAUCUAUAGAAACAUUAGCAACAGUCUACUUGCUUCUGUGGGUGAUUGUUUCCAGUGGAUUUGUUUCUCAAAUGAAGAGAAUACAAGGCAAUGCCAGACAAGGACGUGAUACUAGGAUGAAUCUGAGAUCUUCCAGUUUGGGAAGACAAUGUCGAUCAAACGGACGGUGUUAACGUUGAGUAAAGUCCAUCAAACAUAAUAUUCAAUGAAUUUGUUAAGUUUCUGUCAAAUUAAAUUAUGUUUCAAAUUAA